UCUACGGUGUCAAAAACAUUUUCCUUCCUUUGUCCUUCGUAUAAUUGGUCCACCGAACAGACAGCUGACGAUCGUGGGAUUGCCCACACUAUGCCUCCUCUCAUCAAGAAAAAAAAGAAAUCGAUGCGCGAAUCGAAGAAGUUAAAGAAGAGGACAAAGCUAACUGUAGUUCGGCCGGAUUGUAAAGCCACCGACUCCGAUUGGUGGGACAGUUUCCGGCACAACAACUCUCCGACCUCAGGGUCGACAAUACCUUCUGACGAGGAAGAAGGAUUCAAAUAUUUCUUUCGGGUAUCAAUGAAAACAUUUGAUUACAUAUGCUCGCUUGUCAGAGAGGAUCUUGUUUCAAGACCGCCUUCUGGUCUCAUAAACAUCGAGGGAAGGCUUCUUAGUGUUGAGAAACAGGUUGCAAUUGCCUUGAGAAGGUUGGCAUCUGGAGAAUCCCAAGUUUCAGUGGGAGCUUCUUUUGGAGUUGGGCAGUCCACAGUGUCUCAGGUAACUUGGCGAUUCAUUGAAGCACUGGAAGAACGUGCCAAGCACCACCUCAGGUGGCCCGAUUCAAAUAGGAUGGAGGAAAUCAAGGCAAAAUUUGAGGCAUCUUUUGGAUUGCCCAAUUGUUGUGGAGCCAUAGAUGCAACCCACGUUGUCAUGACCCUUCCAGCAGUUGAAACUUCAGAUGAUUGGUGUGACCAGGAGAAUAACUACAGCAUGUUUUUACAGGGGAUUGUCGAUGAUGAAUUAAGAUUUCUUGAUAUUGUCACAGGUUGGCCUGGGGGUAUGCCAAUUUAUAGGUUAUUGAAGUGUUCGGGAUUCUACAAACUCUGUGAUGGUGGUCAUCGCUUGAAUGGAGAUGCAAGAACAAAUGCUGAAGGAGCAAGGAUCAGAGAAUUUAUUGUGGGUGGAGCUGGUUACUCUCUUCUUCCAUGGCUGAUAACACCUUAUGAAAGUGAUGAAAUCUCAGCUGCAGCAUCUGAUUUCAACAUGGCACAUGAAGCUGCUAGGGCUCUUGCAGUGAAAGCAUUUUCUCAGUUGAAGGGCAGUUGGAGAAUCCUUAAUAAGGUUAUGUGGAGGCCAGAUAAACAGAAAUUGCCGAGUAUUAUCUUGGUCUGCUGUUUACUUCACAACAUAAUUGUUGAUAAUGGAGAUAAUUUGCGGCCAGAUGUUGCUUUGUCUGGCUAUCAUGACUUGGGCUAUCUUCAGCAGUGCUGUAAGCAUACUGAUCCACUGGGAAGAACCAUGAGGGACAACUUGGCUAAACACUUGCAGCUUACUAAACAGAAAGUUCUGCCCAAUUACUUGAUGUCUGCCCAACUCCAAAGCUAAUUUUUGUUGUAAUGAUGCAGCUCCGUUUUAACUUGAAGCAUCCUUCAUCAGGUGUGAUAUUUGUCACAUUUUAUGAAUCCAAGUAUAUCAAUUUUGGUUUCCA